AUGUCAUCUACCACCAUCACCACGCCCUCACGCUUUGCACAGGCCUCUACACCCGCCGAGAGUUCCCAAGAGUGGACGCCACGGGGCCUCUCGCGCUUUGCGGCUAACUCGACGCCCGAGGGUGAUGGGACGCCGAAGACGCAGCGGAGAGAAAGAGAGAGUUCGCCUACGCCCGUGAGAGGGACGCAGAGUCCCGGAUUUGGAGGCAUGUUGACGGGGAGAACGGUCGUGGAUUCGAGUAGUGCGCUUUCGAAGUUGCAACCUGCGCAGGUAAGGGAGCUGAGGGAGGGGUUUCAGAUUCUGGAUCGUGAUAGUGAUGGGUUAGUUGGGAGGGAGGAUGUUGCUGAUAUGUUGACACAACUUGGCCUCCCAUCUACACAAGCUGAUCUAACAUCAUUCUUCCCGCCUUCAUCACCCCAGACGCUCACGCUCCCCGCUUUCCUCUCAUCAAUAGCGACACUCCUAGCUUCCCUCUCGCCGUCCGCGGAAAUGCUAAGUGCAUUCUCAGCCUUUGACGAAGACGAUAGUGGACAGAUUGAUGUGAAAGAGUUGAGGGAUGCGCUGUUGCAUACAGCACCAGACCCAGGGGAGAAGGCGUUGACAGAGAGAGAGGUGGAUCGGGUGAUGAGUGGGUUCAUGGGACGUAGGGCGUUUGGGAAGAUGGGUGGGGGAAUGGGUAUGGGGAAGAGAGGAGAGGUGUUCAGGUAUCAGGAAUUUGUGAGUGGUUUGGCUGGGGGCUCGGCGGAGGAGAAAGAGAGAGAUGAGUAG